CCUUCUUCGAUUUGAUCGUGUAGUCGUCGUCGUCGUCGUCAUUGUUGUUAGGGUUUCGAUCUGCUCCUAAUUCCUGAAGAAGUGGACAUGGCCGCGCAGCAGAACCUCGAGAAGAUGCAGCUCCGCCAGAAUUACCGGAAUCUCUGGCACUCCGAUCUCUUGAGAACCAUUCAGGCUGACACUCCUUAUUGCUGUUUUGCUUUGUGGUGUGCGCCAUGUGUGUCAUAUCUGCUCCGCAAAAGAGCUCUUUACAAUGACAUGUCAAGAUACACAUGCUGUGCUGGUUACAUGCCCUGCAGUGGUCGAUGUGGAGAAAGUAAAUGUCCUGAAUUCUGCCUUUGCACGGAGGUUUUCCUAUGCUUUGGAAAUUCAGUGGCCUCAACUCGAUUUUUGUUGCAAGAUGAAUUUAAUAUUCAAACAACGCAAUGUGAUAAUUGCAUUAUCGGUUUCAUGUUUUGCCUUCAACAACUUGCAUGCAUAUUUUCUAUUGUUGCAUUAAUUGUGGGAAGUAGUGAAAUUCAAGAGGCUUCUCAAUUGCUAUCUUGUUUAGCUGACUUUGUGUACUGCACGGUUUGUGCUUGCAUGCAGACUCAGCACAAGAUUGAAAUGGACAAGCGUGAUGGCAUGUUUGGACCCCAACCUAUGGCAAUUCCCCCAGUUCAGCAGAUGUCACGCAUUGAUCAACAAAUCCCUCCUUCAGUUGGGUACGCACCACAGCCAGCAUAUGGACAGAACUAUGGUUAUCCACCUGCCCCUCAACCUUAUGGGUAUCCAGCUACUGGUUACCCCCCAACGGCCUAUCCCCCACCGGGACAUCCACCUUCUGGCUACUAGAAGUGAUUUUUUUAAUCAUGCUUUAUGUUGGUCUGCUGCUCCAAUUGUUUGGUUACAUUUCGUUCAAGUUCUCAUUGAUGUCAAAACAAUCAUUCAUGUGCAGGAUUUUGGUAAAAUACAAUAGCCACAUUAAUUAUUUGGUUGCUUUUCAUGUACAAGUUUUGGUUAAAGUUCGGAUGUGAGACAAGCGUAUUGUUCAUUCCGAUACUUUGCCUUCUAUUUGUACAAUAAUCUCAUUGUUGCUUACAUAUUGGUCCUUUACUCCUUUUUUCUUUUUUGUGUGCGAUGUGGUGUAAA